UGGACUUACAGUACAUUUCUACUCCUUGAACAUAUCACCAGCUACCUUGCAGUGUCUUUAUUCAAGAUUCCUCAGGUUGUCACUACUUUAAGCCAAUGGUUAGUCCCUGUGCAGCAAUAGAAUUACUUGGCACCGAUAAUUUUUAUGCAAUUGGCAUUUGGCCUAUUCUAGCAAUUCUGUCUUUAUAAAUCUGUACCCAUCCUCUGUGACUUCUCCAAAGUCCUCGUUUUUUUGUAUUUGGCAGUGAAACUAGUUAAAAAUGUGGACAAUUGUGUUGUGUGCUCUAGCUGUGUUUUCUGUAUACUACACUCACUGGAUUAACAGAUGGAGGAACCCAACAUGUAAUGGAGUUCUGCCUCCAGGUUCCAUGGGGUUGCCAAUCAUUGGGGAGACUCUUGAAUUGAUUAUUCCAAGUUAUUCUCUUGACCUUCACCCUUUCAUCAAGAAAAGAAUUCAAAGGUUCGGACCGAUUUUUCGCACAAACAUCCUUGGACGACCUGCUGUGGUGUCUGCUGAUCCUGAAAUCAACAAUUACAUCUUUCAAAAUGAAGGGAAGUUGGUUGAGAUGUGGUAUUUGGACUCGUUUUCUAAGCUUUUCGCACAAAGUGGUGAAUCUAGGACUAAUGCUUUCGGUAUCAUUCACAAAUAUGCAAGAAGCCUGACUCUGACUCAUUUUGGUUCUGAGAGCCUUAAGGAAAGGCUGCUUCCUCAAGUUGAAAACAUUGUUAGCAAGUCCUUGCAAAUGUGGUCAAGCAUCGGAUCGAUCGAUGUCAAACCAGCUGUUUCAAUUAUGGUUUGUGACUUUACCGCCAAACAACUUUUUAGCUAUGAUGCAGAAAACUCAUCGGACAAGAUAAGCGAAAAGUUCACCAAGGUCAUAGACGCUUUCAUGUGUUUGCCCUUGAAUAUCCCUGGCACAACAUACCACAAAUGUUUAAAGGACAAAGAUAGCACGCUGAAUAUAUUGAGGAAUACACUGAAGGAAAGGAUGAAUUCACCAGCCGAAUCGCGGCGAGGAGAUUUUCUUGAUCAAGUCAUAGCUGACAUGGAUAAAGAGAAGUUCUUGACUGAGGAUUUUAUUGUCAAUCUGAUCUUUGGAAUCUUAUUCGCCAGCUUUGAGUCGAUUUCAGCAGCACUGACACUAGCCCUGAAGUUAAUUGGAGAUCAUCCUUCGGUACUAGAGGAUUUGACAGUUGAGCAUGAAGCAGUUCUGAAAAGGAGGGAAAAUCUGGAUUCCCCACUAACAUGGGCUGAGUAUAAUUCCAUGACCUUUACACUUCAGGUUAUCAAUGAAACACUUAGGCUGGGAAACGUCGCCCCUGGUUUGCUACGAAGAUCAUUGCAGGAUAUACAAGUGAAAGGUUAUACAAUUCCUGCUGGUUGGGUUAUCAUGGUUGUAAAUUCUGCCCUUCAUUUAAAUCCUACUACAUUCAAGGAUCCACUUGAGUUCAACCCCUGGAGGUGGAAGGAAUUUGAUUCAUAUGCUGUUUCUAAGAACUUGAUGCCUUUCGGUGGAGGAAGGAGACAAUGUGCAGGAUCAGAAUUCACUAAAUUGUUAAUGGCAAUCUUCCUUCACAAAUUAGUCACCAAAUACAGGUGGAAUAUAAUCAAGAAAGGAAACAUUGGUAGAAAUCCUAUUCUGGGAUUUGGAGAUGGCAUCCACAUUAGUUUCUCACCAAAGGACAAUCGAUCAUAGACAUGUGUUAUAUUUCACUAUUAAGUGUAGUGGUUAACUAUAUAUAUCUUCCAUGUAACCAAAUUUGUAUCUUAUGUCUCAUCUUUUGAGAAAUGUUUUAACCUUGCAUGCAAGCAAGAUGUUUACAAGUUCAACAAAAUAUAUACGCAAUCCUUCCUAUAUUGUCAUGUUUCAACAUUAAGUUGUUCCUUUUUUUCUCCAGGUUCCUGAUACAGUCUUUAAUGUUCCAUUUCAAAUAAUACAGUCUUUAAUGUUCAGGCCCGGCAUCGAGUAUAUGCCCCUUGGCCCUUGGCA